GCGUAGCACUACGUCGACUUCAUUUUUGGAUUUCACUCAUGCAUUCGUCAACACUCACAUUUAAGUUGGUGAUCCGCGAACUUAUCUCUUACGAAACUUUGCCAAGUUCUGUUUCCCUACGAGGAACGGUCUUUCUCCGUUUACAAAUACGCAUGUACAAUUCCUUGUCCACGUUCUAAUACUUUAGUAUAAUAUUAUAUCUUGGACAGCUUAAAAGCAAAUUUAACCUUCAAUCAAGGCUAAACCCGUAUUGCCAAGUGUGGCGGCACCAGUCGGGUCAGCAGAUCCCCUCUUCAGCUCAGUUCUGGCCUUGGGCUGCUUCGCAGCCUUCUCAUUCGACCAUUUCCAAAUGACCAGUAGAGUAUAUCGACGCAAAAGCGGGGAUUUAAGAUGUACAAUGACCUCAGGUGGUCCUUUUCCGAAAGUCUAGAUUUUACAAGAUUGCGGGGAACUUUUCGGGGAUAUGGAAGGGUCGUACCUUGCAGAAAUAUAGAGGAACUCUUCAACUUGCUAAACCCUGUUUUCCAGCAUCAAAAGUUUCAAACUUCGGUUUGGCAUUUAUCACGAUGGUGCUUGAAAUUUACUGUGACCCUUGUACGGUCAACUCGCAAAAGGUCCUUGCGGCGCUAGAAUGCAUGGGGGUCGAAUAUCAUCUUCAUCGCAUGGACUACUUCAAUGGAGAUCACAAAAAGGAUGAUUAUAGGAAGAUCUCCCCAACAGCCACAAUCCCCGCGGCAAUUGACGGAGAUCUCCACAUUUUCGAGUCUAACGCUAUCAUGACUUACGCUGCCGACAAGUACGGGAAGCAUUCAUUUUACCCUACGGACCUUAAGCAGCGCGCAAGGGUCAACUCAUGGUUGUUGUGGGAGGCAGCAACGUGGUUUGGUGUAACGUAUAAGUAUUUGAUUGAGUACUGUGUUAAGCAUUGGAUGAAAGCCGAAACCGAUAUGGCCGUCAUCAAAGAAGUCGAGCCAGAGUUUCACAAGUGCGCAAGGAUGCUAGAAGACCAACUUUCUCAAACCAAAUUCCUUGUUGGUAACGAACCGACCAUCGCCGACUUCGCUGUCGCAUCUGGUAUCCACGCGAAUGUGGAUCAGGGUCUCCCCUGGGAUGGUUACCCGCACCUCAAGCGCUGGAUGAAAGAGUACAUUGAGCCAAUGCCUGGUUGGAAGAAAACGCAGCUUGUUGUUGACAAAGUGUUCAACAUAGAUACAUAUGGGGCCGAAAAUGGACACUUGGCCCAAGCUCACUGAGCUAUACUUCUAUGAUACUGACGCCGCAAGUGGCAUCCAUUUGCCCGGCGACGAUCCCCAGAAAGUACGCAUUCACAAUGGAUGGAGCUUGGUGAAGGAGUUCUCAUUGGACAAGCACGGGUUUGAACUAUCUGACACAUUUCGAACUACUUUUAAUCGAUGGGAUGACAACGAGGCCGUAAAAACACAUUUUUAUCCCGAGGUUGUUGCCUAUCUAAAAACGACUAUCGGCGCGAAGCGUGUUCUUGUCUUCGAUCACACGAUCAGGACAAAAGCAAAUGAUCAAAAAAAGUUGACACAAGAGACAAACACUAGUCAGAGAGCUCCGGUAAUGCUGGUUCACUGCGAUUAUACAUCUCAGUCCGCUCCCCUCCGGGUCAAACAGCUUCUCCCUGAAGAAGCAGAUGAUUUAUUGUCUCGUCGAGUUGCCUUUAUAAACGUCUGGAAACCUCUUCACAACGUUGUCGAAGAGCGACCGUUAGCCAUGUGCGAUGUCACAACGAUAGCAUCUACCGAUUUCUUCAAGCUUCAUUUGCGCUAUAGGGAUCGUAACGGCGAGAACUAUGUCAUGAAAUAUUCUGAUCGCCACAAGUGGUACUAUUUUCCAAAAAUGACACCAGAACAAGUGAUCUUGUUGAAGACGUAUGAUUCGGAUCUGGAAAAGGCUCGAUUUGUUGGGCACUCGGCUUUCGAGGAUCCUACAAGUCCAGCGGAUGCUAAGACGAGAGAGAGCAUUGAGAUCAGGACAAUUGCUUUCUUUUGACCUCAAUUUCUAUGAAUAGAG